GAGAGAAGACGCAGUGACCGCACCAGCCGCUGCUGGAAAGAGGGUAGUUGAGGAUGGACUAGGCUGCCUGCCGGGUCAGAGGUCGGAAGAAGGAGCUGCUGGACUGAAUUAGGGGCUCCCGCAGCCCCAGUUCGCCCCGUAUCCCGAGACCUGGCACUUCCUCUUGCGCCGCGGACUUUCAGUUUCAUUUCAUUUCGCGCUUCAGCCCGGGCCCCUUCCGGACGCCAGCUCAGUCCCCACCGCCACGAUGACCAAAAAGUUCACCCGUGCCAAGCUCCGAGAGACUGGGCAGAGAUUUAAGAGUUUUCUGGCCGCCCGGGGAGAGGACCAAGAAACCAACCGCGAGCGGCUGCGAGACAUUUACAACGAAGACUUCAAGAUCAGUCUCAGACCUUCUGGAAGUCAUGGAGAACAUGGAGACUUUGAGGAUCCUGUUCCUACCUUCUCCUCCAUGCUCUAUGGGAUGCGCUUCUAUGGGCAAGCUAAAGUCACCAAGGAUAAAGUCAAAUUUUGCAAAGUGAAUCACAAGAAGAAGAAGAAAACGAAACAGGAAGAUAGAGUGUUUAAGGAAAUCAAACCUCCAGGAUCCAAGAAGAUGAAGUCCCAACUGGCAAAGAUCUUCCAAGAUCGUAUAAUUUCCAGGGAGGACACUGCUGUCCUCUCACCUUAUUUUCCCCUGCCAUCCUUACCUCCCCCCUUCCGAACGUCUUCCAGGGCCAAAUACAUCCGUGGGAAACAUGGUGUGGAUGUGGAGGUUGAGGGAUGCUACCAGAGCCGAGACGGGCAGCUUGUUAUCCAUCUGGAUCUGAACCAGAAGGUGAUAUUGACUCUACGGCUUCACAAUGGGGGAAGUUAUCCUGUCACCUUGCUCCAUAUCAUUCCACUUUGCCGAGUCUCUCAGUUAACUUUCAAGUCAGAACUCCAAGAAGGGCCGAUCACACUAGAUCCUGGUGACUUUCAUGAACUCCAUGUCCACUGUUACACCAGUUAUGUGGGCUAUUUCCCAGCAACAGUGCUGUGGAAGCUGCAGGGACCUUUGGGAUCAAGGAUAGAAGGACCAGAAAUCUUCCACAUUGCCCGAUUCCUUGCUGUUGUGUCCCGAAGCCCUCUGGCUGAAGCGCUGAAGCCCACGGCUCCCUACAGACCGAACCGAUUUAUACCACACCCAACUUCGAGAAGCCGGGUAGAAGAUGGGUUGAGACCGGACAGGGGUCAAGGGUAUGAACUGGAAAUGACCUUGAAUCUUCCAAAGUACCACUGUCCGAACAACCUAAAGCAGCUGUUUCCACAACUCCUCAAAUCAACCAAUUUCAACCAUCAUAGUGAUGUGGCUAAGAUCCAAAGCCGGCUGAAGAUCCCACUAAAUUGGAAGAAUUAUGAGGAGAAGCUUCAGCUGCUUCUAUUUUUGGAAGAGCUGCAGAUGGAGCAAGACAUACGUCACUAUGAUUUGGAGUCCGUGCCCAUGGUCUGGGACCCAAAGGACCGAAACCCUCCGCUCCUCACCUUGGAGGUUCCCGGAGUAGCCGAGAACCGUCCUUCUGUGCUCCGAGGGGACCACUUAUUUGCUAUCCCAAACUUGAAUCAGGGCCAAAAUGUGACCAUAUAUAAGGGCUUUGUGCAUCAGGUCGAGUUGGAUCGGAUCAAGCUGAGCUUCUCUCCAGGACUCCUGGAGCGAUUUGUGAAUGGGAUGACUUUCAAGGUGACCUUCACCUUCAACCGGCAACCCCUUCGAGUCCAACACCGAGCCCUGGAAUUAUCAAGACAUCACAUGUUGGAACCAUUGCUGUUUCCAUCGAACCCCCGUGGGAUCCCUCUCCUGCCUCCCAAAUUCCAACUUUCGCUGUAUGACCGGAAUCUAGAGUCCAACCCUGAGCAGCUGCAAGCAGUGAGGCACAUAGUUCUGGGCACUUCUCGUCCCACUCCCUACAUUAUCUUUGGGCCUCCUGGAACUGGAAAGACUGUCACCUUGGUGGAGGCUAUUAAGCAGGUGGUGAAGCACCUGCCAGAUGCCCAUGUCCUGGCCUGUGCCCCGUCCAACUCGGCAGCUGACCUGCUCUGCAAGAACCUCCGGCCUCACUUGCCCAAUUCCAUCUACCGCCUCCUGGCACCCAGUAGGGACAUCCACUUUGUGCCUGACGAAAUCAAGUCCUGCUGUAAUUGGGACCCACAGAAAGGGAUGUAUGUUUAUCCCGCCAAGAAGAAGCUGCAGGAAUACGGUGUUCUCAUCACCACCCUCAUCACUGCUGCCAGACUGGUGUCAGCUGAGUUCCCUCCUGGCCAUUUCACACACGUCUUCAUUGAUGAGGCUGGCCAUGCUAUGGAACCUGAGUGUCUUGUGGCUAUCGCAGGCUUGCUGGCCGUUAGGAAUUCAGAUAAUCCAGAUGGACAAUUGGUUCUGGCUGGAGAUCCCCAGCAGUUGGGGCCUGUGCUACGGUCCUCCAUCGCUCAGAAACACGGAUUGGGUGUCUCUCUGCUGGAGCGGCUUCUGAAAUACAACCCUUUGUACCAGAAGGGCCCCGAGGGGUAUGACCCCCAGCUUGUCACCAAGUUAUUGCGCAACUACAGGUCUCACCCUCACAUCCUGUACAUCCCCAACAAUCGGUACUAUGACGGGGAACUCCAGGCCUAUGCAGACCAAAUGGACAGAGAACGAUAUUGUCAGUGGGAGGAACUGCCUCACCAGGGCUUCCCGAUCAUUUUUCAUGGCGUGAUGGGCAAGGAUGACCGGGAAGGGAACAGCCCAUCCUUCUUCAAUUCAGAGGAGGCAGCCACAGUUGUUUUCUACCUGAAGAAACUUCUGACUUCAUCUCCCAAAAAAGGCCAAGGCCGGCUGAGCCCCCAGAAUGUGGGAGUGAUCUCCCCCUACAGGAAACAGGUGGAAAAAAUCUACCAGUGUAUCACCAAACUGGACAAGGAGCUUCGGGGACUUGACAACAUCAAGGAUUUGAAGGUGGGUUCAGUGGAGGAGUUCCAAGGGCAAGAGCGGAGUGUCCUUCUAGUGUCCACUGUCCGGAGCAGCCAGAGUUUUGUCCAGAUGGAUUUUGACUUCAAUCUGGGCUUUCUCCGAAAUCCCAAGAGAUUCAAUGUGGCAGUAACCAGAGCCAAGGCCCUCCUCAUUAUUGUGGGCAAUCCUCUGCUGCUGUGCCAGGAUCCCGAAUGGAACACGUUUCUGAAGUUCUGUAAAAAAAAUGGCGGCUACACGGGCUGUCCUCUCCCCAACCUGGAACUAGAGCAGGCCCUAGAGCAACAGCUGAGCACCCUGAGCCUCGGCCCCCCUACCUCAGGGCUGUCAGGGAAUCUCCCGGUCCCCACCCCGCCCCCCAUGCCUCACCAAGGCUGUCUGGGCUAUCAAUGGAGAAGCACAUGAGGAUGACAUCAGUGUCGGGCCCCUUAGGUCCAAAGAGGCAGAGACUCGGACCCCGGCCAGGAAGAAGACGUCUGGAUUCCCCCAGAGCUGCUUCUUGGGUUUCCAGGGUGACGGGACCUGCCUUGACACCCACCCCCACCCCCGACAGAAGAAACACUCUGGGCCUUAGUUAAACACAAUCCUCAACUUUGAAACUUAUUUGGAGACUGGCUUUUGGGAAAAACGGGGCGUGGGAGGUGGGGGGGAGGGGGAAGUUGUCAAUGAAAUCAGAAUCUACUCUCUCCAAUCUUGUAACAAGGCAAAAAAAAAUUUUAAGUCGGGUCUUGUCAAAUCGGAUGAGAAAAAAAUUACUUUUGUUAACUCCCGAACAGAAA